CAGACACGUCUGGCAAACGAAAUUGCGGUCAUCCGUCAACAAUGGCCGACCAGGCGGCGAACCAGGCGAUAAUGUUGCUCAAUGCAGCAAGGACGUUACAAGACAUUGGUCAACGAGUCACAGUUCUACAUCAGCUUCAUGAAGUCCUGAAACGAGAACCUGCACUACUCGCGACUUUCUUUCCUAUUGCUCUGGGAUUGGCUGUGGAUCCGUCUGCCGACUUGCGCGUAGGUGUCUUGAGGUUAAUCGAGGAUACCACCUGUCGUAUGACUGUACCGGAUGAAGCUAGAAUGCUUGUUGCAGCACGUAGUGUAGAGGCUCUCACAUUCCUUAUGACCGACGAGAAUCCCAAUGUUAUUAAAAGAAUUGUGCGAUGUGCCACCAGCAUUUAUCCAUUCAUAUUUAAAUGGAUGUGCAAGCUACCGGCAGAUCAGGCGACAUGGCAAGGAAUUGCAGGGCUGAAAGUAAAGCUUUUUGCUCUGUUGGGGCAUUCCAAUGACGGUGUAAAGGAAGGUGUCGUGCGAUUUCUACAUAAGCUCAUCAUGGUGCAGUCUCCGAAAGAUGCGUCCGUGGUCGCCAUAGGGACCGACAGUGUGUCCAUCGAUCUGUGUCCACCACAACACCCAUUUAUAAACAUUCAGGAACUGAAUGCCGAAGCUGUCGGCUUGUUCAAUAGAAUGCAAAGUUUCAUUUCUAUACCUGGCGUCUCGGCUGGACCCAUCACCGCGAACCUUAACUGUAUGCUUGGAUUAACAAGAGCUCGGCCGCAGUACCUACAGCCAGUCAUCACCACGCUUGUGCAGUGGGUGAACACUCCGUCCACUACGCUCACCUUGGUACAGAGAAGAAGUGUCGAACGUACUAUUAAGAUCGUCCUCAUGUCUGCUCUAAGAUCACCUGCCGCCGCUCCGUAUGCCAAUAUCUUGACAGAUGCCCUGGUGAAACUUGGCACGAAAAGUCACGAAAUUCAGCAAGCAAGACGACGUGAACUAAAGCGAUCAGCUCCACCAUCAACGCCAGAGGUGUUGUUCGACCCAAAACGACAGCGCACCAGCGGUGUACCGCAGCCAAGCACGCAACUUGAUGCCACCUGGAAUACCACAAAUGAAGCAUUCCCGCAAGAUGAAGCUCUGCAAUUGGCCACGCAGAUGUUGAAUACCAUAAACGCCAAUUCAUUGUCGCCAAACAUCAUUGCUGAGCUUGUGGUCCAAACACUUGCUUCCUGUACGACGCCUCGAUGGGAACAGGGUGUUAUGAGAUUUAAGCAAGUCAGCGGAUUGGUGUCUCAAGCUUCCGUACAACCUCCGGUAGCUGCCCCAAGCCGAGAUCCACGGAGAGAUCCCCGAAUGAUGGAUUCUCAGCAAUGUUUGGAAUCGACACCCUCAACGUUAUCCGAAAAUGAAAACGGAGCAAGUACCGAGACCUCACUUGCAAAGGACGAAGAGCUGCCGUUGAAGUCGGAUUUUCCCGGAGACUCUUCUCUGUCAGGAAGAGGGGAGGACGAAAACCUUGCAAAGUUACGCGCAGGGUCACCUAGCCAAAUGAAUGUCUUGCCUAGUGACCAGUCCGAGGAUCACGAUCACUUGUCAGAUUUAGCAGCUUUCGAAAGCUCUGCUCGGGCAAUAGUCCUUGAUUUAUCAAAUGCUGAGCUACCUGAACUCAGCGCGGAUGAACGGAGACGACUGGCAAAUGACGCAGUGAAGCGCAUCUUAAGUCUUGAACCGACGUUUUCAUCGCAAGUUGCGAUAUCAACAGUCUCUGGCGCGCCCGGUGCACAGUCCUCAGGACAGUCGUCAGCCGGGCCUUUUAGUCUAUCUGCUGCCAAGACUGGAUGGAUGCUGGUACUUUGUCGAUUAACAACGGCGCUCUCUGAUGGACACCCAGUGGCUAAUGAGUCUGAGGAAACCAAUACUGCGAGCGGACGGGUAUCGGAUGAGAUGAAGGGUAUUAUCAUGGAAAGCUUGCUGGAAGACUUCCGGGGAAGGCUUGAGCUCGCCGUAAUAUGGCUUCAUCACCUCUGGUUAGAAGAUGAACAUCGAACACGGGCACAGAACGCAGAACCCUUGGAUGCUUCAUCGAAACAGUAUCCGAUCUGGUUUCAUCGAAUCCUUGACAAAAUCAGCACCACACUUGACCCGAAGGACAAAACUUUUGCCAAGUUUCUGAUUGAUGUUCCGGAAGUGACUGAAGAGGCCAUCCACCGUGUGGUGAAAGGAUAUUGUGAUGAUCACGAAAGGAUGCCAUUGGGUCUUUUCACACUUCAAGGUCUAAUAAAUCACCGCCCGGCUGUAAGAGCGGAAUGCUUACAACUUCUUUUAGAAUAUGCACUCCAUCCCACGAGAUUGACCCGUUCCACAGCUAUUGUAAUGUGUAAACGAUUCUUUACUGACCAUCGCACGAUCGGCCCAAAAGUUGAGGAAUUUGCGCUGGAAGCCAUUCGAGCUCUUUUGGGUCCACCUCAAGUUGGCAUUGUGCAUACAGAAUCAACUGAAAGUGAUGCCAAUGGUGUUGAAGAAGACAAAGGCGGUGAAGAUGAUGAUAUGGACGUUAAAGAAGAGAAGGAUGGGGUUCAGGAUGCCGAAAGGCGUACAUCGAAUGGAGAUAUCACCCCAGAUGAUUGGAAAGAAGACGAUGUUGUUAGACGACUAGAGCUCUAUUUUGCACUUUGCAGCAAAAAGCAUGAGCUGCUGCUGGAGUUGUUUAAGCUGUACAAGGACUUCCACAUCUCUGUCCAGCGUGCAGUGCGAAAAAAUAUCCCGCCGCUUAUCAAAGCACUUUCUGCACAACCAGCGCGUUUGCUACCCAUCAUUAACGCAUUCCCAGAAGGGUCCGACUGGCUCGUUUUACGAAUGGUGACUACCAUGACCGAAAAACAUCCGCCUUCACCUCAACUCGUCACUGCAGUUUGGAAUGUCUUUGCUCAAAAGAAUCUGGAUGCACGAUUCCUUAUACCCAUAUUGUCAGGACUUGGGAGGCCCAAAAUUUUGCUAUAUCUGCCUCGGAUAGUACAGCUUCUCGACGGAAGUGAAAAACAACGGGCUUUGGUAAAGGACGCUUUCUUGCGGCUUGUCGAUAGUCCAAGCCUGCAAAAUGCUGCCGCUGCAUCAGCAGGAACAGGUGCAGGCCCAGCGGUAAGUACAAAUGGCGGCGACCGAGCGGCUCAACCAGGUGGAGGGGGCGCAGGGCCACCUCUCACACCUUCCGAGUUGCUUGUUGCUUUACAUAACAUGGAGGAAACCGUGGGACUCAAAAGGGCGGUCGAAGCCACUACCAUCUGCUUCACAUGCCAGAACGUCUUCAAGGGAGAGGUGCUUGCAGUUGUGUUGCAGCAACUGGUGGACCAGUCGAAGCUUCCCACGCUCUUCAUGCGCACUGUUAUACAAAGCGUCAAUCAGUAUCCUGCACUAGUGAAUUUUGUCACUAGUAUCCUUUUGAAACUGAUCAACAAGAAAGUGUGGAGUGCUCCGAAGCUGUGGGAGGGAUUUAUACGUUGCUGUACGAUUAUCUUUCCGGCAUCCAUCCAAGUACUACAAAGCCUACCACGACCGCAUGUAGCAGAUGCCUUGAAACGAUCUCCAAAAUUGAAAGCAGCAUUGCAAGCUCAUAUUGCGCAAUUAGAGCCAGAACAAAAGGCGAGGAGGGAAAUACAGAUAUUUGUGUCGCUGGUAGAGAGUGGGGCACCAGAUGAGAUGGAGCAAGUGGGCACAGAGCAUGAACCUAAACAAGAAGUGGUGGAGGUAAAAGAGGAGGGGAAUGAUGAGAAACGAUGACAUUGACGCAAGGGACUCCGCUUUGCAUGUACAUUUUAAACGCAAGAGCAUACUGUAGCGUCAGUAAAUAAUAUUCGCUGUCAACCUUUCUGAAUAUAGGAA